GAAUUUCUGUUCUCCACUCUGAGUCAAACUAGUGCGAAUACUUUGGCACAUUCUUUAUGUCAUUUACACUCACCGCUAUCAAUUAAUUGUAAUGGUACAAGUCGUUUUACACAAGAUAUGUUGCUGCCAAUAAUUACUACUUCACUUAUCGGUACUCCAAAGACCUGGGAAUAAGAAAUGUCCGCCUUCGCCUCUGUCAUGAAUGUUUUCGUGUUUUCGGUAUAUUACACUUUAAGUGUCGAAAGGCUAGAAUAAAUUACGAUAUGAUAUAAAUUUUAUUACAAUUUGUUAUGCAACUUAUUACAAUGUCAGAGAAACAAUCACUUCGAAAAUCCGAAUUCCCAACCUGCGCUCGUGAAGCACUUCACAAAGUUGAGCAGUUAUGUGUCCCUCAGGCCAGUGGAAGGCCUCCAAGCGCAAAAGAGAUGGAUCUUGCUAUGGAGAUCAUGGCUGAGUUCAUUUUCUGUGAAGUGGACCGACGGGGUAACAGCAAAAAGCUGACUUGUAUUCAGCAACUCCAGUUAGCACAACUGCUUUGUGAUUACUUUGCUGGAGUGCAGUUUGGUGGUUCUGGUCCAUCUGGGGCUAUUGCUGGACCUAAUGGAGAUACAGCCCGAAACACAAUUUUUUUAUCACUUUUUCCUCCAACUACCAGCAAAGGAAGAGCCCAGGCUUUGGUUCAAUUAGUUUCUAUGGCAAUUUCCACCAAAAACAAACCUGUUCUUGACUCAACAGGAAUUUGGAUGCAACAGCUUGGAUGUACCUCAAAGUUGGUUCUCCAAUUGGCUGAGGGUUUAGUCAAGGACUACUUUGUCCUGGUACCAAAGGCUGUAACCCGCCUUCAAGACUUACCAGCACUUGCACCACAUUUCACUGCAAACUUCCUCACAACAGUUGCCGAAAUGUAUGCAAGCAGUGAACAAAAGGAUGGUUUCAGUCCACCUCCAGCUGCUCUCCUGGAAGUUGUAACACAGUGGGUUUCAGAUAAUCCCCGCUUAUGUUUGGCAGCAUUAAUAGUCAAUCUACAACCUCUGCUUCCUUUAGGAAGUAUACCUAUGGCUGCCUUAACGCCAUUUGCUGGUCUUUUUAAGUGGUGUGUUUUAUACCCUCUUCUGACCUUAUCAGUCCCUUGUAAAAAGUCGCGUGAUGUAUCAAAUGGAUCGUCCAAUGGAAUUGCAAGUACAAAACUUAGUUUUAAAACUGAAGGAAUGGAUAAUCGAAAUGGAGAUGAUUCAGGGAAAGAAUCUCCUUUGUACUCCCAACUACAUUUGGCUCUGUUAGAAAGCCUUGUUGAAAAUGUUUAUCCUACUGUGAAUCGUGUAAAUAGUGUCAAGGAUGUUGUAUCAGUUCAACAUAUUGCUGGUAUUGUGGAACCCAUUCAAACUUGGUACAGCAAUCAACUGAAAAUUUCAGAAAGAGCUCCUCCAGAACUUAACCAUGAAGGACAUCAAGCAUUGGAACUAGCUCUGGACAGAUUUGGACAAGCUGUCCAAGUUGCACUGGCAGCAAAUUGUGCCUAUGGGAAUAAACAAUACCUACUUACACAGUUAGAGACGUUAAAACACCUCCCAGGAAGUCGUUUACUUAGAAUAGUUUUGAAGACCCAUCAGACUCCCUCAUUAUUUUAGACUAAAUUUUUAACAAUUGAUAAUUUAAUAAAAUUGUUUUCAUAAUCAUAAUCAAAUUUGGUGUGUUUGACAUGCAUAACGAUGAGUCUAAUUACAAGUUAAAAUUCAAAGUUUGUGUAAAAUUGUUUACAUCUAGUCAGGUGUAGUAAAAAAAUAGACAAAGUCUACCAUUCUUCUUAACACACUCGAGUCAUUUGAGGUUUUCCCUUGUAUUAUGUAUGUUGUACACAUGUAAAUAUCAAUGUCCAUAGACUGUUACUAUUUUUCCUUUUUUUAUUAAAUAAGAAGUAUUUUACCUUCUUAAUGAAAUGAA